ACAUAACAUACAGCCCACCUUCUUGGCACUGGUGACCUGAACCAAUUUGAGUUCCUGUGGGCAGCGGAGUGAAAACUUGUUUUAAAUUCAGCGCUGUUUUUAAGUUGUCCCAAAGCUUUUUCAUAGUUAUAUAUGUUCCUGGGAUUUAUUUUCAAUUUAAUCUACCAGCCAGCACCAGGAAGGCUAGCUGGAGACUUGCUGAGGUGGUUAAGCUGGUUUGUAAGAUUUGGACCUGCUAGCUGUGGGCUAACAUUCGGUUUGUAUCAAAACAGAACUAAAUAAAUCCGCUUGUUUUAACUGGCACUUUAAAAGGCGAACAUGAGGAUCACGGUAGAUUUUGAGGAAUGUCUCAGAGAUUCUCCAAGAUUCAGGGCCACCAUUGAGGAAGUGGAGGGAGAUGUGUGUGAGCUGGAGUCCAAAUUAGAUAAGUUGGUGAAGCUGUGCAUUGGGAUGAUCGAUGCUGGAAAAGCGUACGUCACGGCCAACAAGCAGUUUGUGAGCGGUGUCCGUGAAUUAGCACAGCAGUCAGGUGAAGAUGAAGUCAUUGAGUCGAGUCUGACGAAGUUUGCUGAGAGUUUGCAGGAGAUGACCAACUAUCACACUAUUUUAUUUGACCAGGCACAGCGCUCAAUCAAAUCACAACUUCAGAUGUUUGUGAAAGAGGACCUGCGCAGGUUUAAGGAGUCAAAGAAGCAGUUUGAUAAAGUAAGUGAGGAGAAGGAGACAGCGCUGAUAAAGAACGCUCAGGCUCCCAGGAAUAAACAACAUGAGGUGGAGGAAGCUAACGCCAUCCUCAGUGCUACACGCAAAUGCUUCCGUCAUAUUGUCCUGGAUUACGUUCUCCAGAUUAAUCUUCUGCAGUCUAAGAGACAAUCAGAAAUCCUCAAAUCGAUGUUGUCCUUCAUGUAUGCACAUUUGACCUUCUUCCACCAAGGUUAUGACCUGUUCAGUGAACUUCACCCACUAAUGAAGCACCUCGGCGGACAGUUGGAGCAGUUGAUGGUGGAUGCUGCAAAGGAUAAAAGGGACAUGGAAACAAAACACUCCACUAUUCAGCAAAAGGAUUAUUCGAAUGACGACACCAAGCUGGAGUACAAUGUGGACGUGGAGAACGGGAUCAUUAUGGAGGGGUAUUUGUUCAAGAGGGCUAGUAAUGCCUUCAAAACAUGGAACAGGCGCUGGUUCUCAAUUCAGAACAAUCAGUUAGUGUACCAGAAGAAGUUUAAGGAUAACCCCACGGUGGUGGUGGAAGAUCUGAGGUUGUGUACAGUUAAACACUGCGAGGACAUUGAGCGCCGUUUCUGCUUUGAGGUGGUUUCACCCACAAAGAGCUGUAUGAUGCAGGCUGAUUCUGAAAAGCUGAAACAGGCAUGGAUUAGAGCCAUGCAGAACAGCAUCGCUACAGCCUUCAGAGACAGAUCAGAUGACUCAGAGAAGUUGGACAGGAAGUCAUCGCCAUCCACAGGAAGCUUAGAGUCAGACCCGAGAGAGAAGAGUCUGAAAGGGGAAGGUGCCGUACAGAAGGUCAUGGCCAUCGCAGGAAACAGCACCUGCUGCGAUUGCAACCAGCCGGACCCCAAAUGGGCCAGCAUUAAUCUGGGGAUCACGCUGUGUAUCCAGUGUUCUGGCAUCCACAGGAGUUUAGGAGUUCAUUUCUCCAAAGUGAGAUCUCUGACUCUGGACACGUGGGAUCCCGAACUGUUGAAGUUAAUGCGUGAGCUUGGAAACGGGGUCAUAAAUCAUAUAUAUGAAGCUCGCAGGGAGGAGCUUGGAGCGCGGAAACCACAACCUGGAGACUCCAGGCAGGACGUGGAGUCAUACAUAAGAGCCAAGUAUGUUGAUCGGCGGUUCAUCAGAAUGCCAUCAGACGAAGAACUGAAGCUGAAGAUCAUGGCUUUGAGUGUAGAGCAGAAACGAAUCAGUGACCCCUCCGAAUCACAAGCACGACAAGCAACUCAACAAGCACAUGUACAGAAAUCACGGCCAGCAUCCGGAGCAUCAGUUAAAAGUGCAGAAAGUGGCAUUGUGAGCAAAGCUGAAAGAAGCCCAGCGGUUGUAAACACCAGUCAGAAUCAUACAGAAAUACACGAGUCUCAGUCCUCCACAUGUAGCAGUAAGGAGAAGCUGGUUUUCUCUGAGCCAAAGCAGUUCUGUCCCAGCUUGCAGCUGUACUGGGCCUCAUUUACACGCAGCCUUCCUGACAUGGCUGAGGCUCUGGCACACGGAGCCAAGGUCAACUUUAUAAACACAGAUGACGAGAAGAGAUCACCACUGAUCAUGGCUGUACACGGAGGCUCUCUGGUUACGUGUGAGUUUCUGCUCCAGAAUUCAGCCAGUGUGAAUCAGUGUGACAGUCAGGGCAGAGGACCACUACACCACGCCACCAUCCUCGGACAUACCGGACAAGUGUGUUUAUUCCUGAAGCGUGGAGCCAACCAGAAUGCAGCAGACAUUGAGGACAAAACGCCACUGUCCAUUGCGGUGGAAGCGGCUAAUGCAGACAUUGUAACGCUGCUGCGAUUGGCCAAGAUGAACGAAGAGAUGAGAGAGUCGGAGGGACCAUACACAGGUCUCACAGGUGAUGAAACAUACCAGGACAUUUUCCAGGAUUUCUCACAGAUGGCAUCAGAAGACCCUGAUAAACUCCAUCGCUUCUGAUAACGAGAUUCCAUCAGAAACAUUUUAAUGUCUUUUACAUUUUCCAAAACACACACGCAACUGUACCAAAGAUGAAUAGAGCUUAUAGGAGCGGUGUAACUGAUGGCAUGAUGAAUCAGUUGUGAGUCACACAGGUGUAAAUAUUUGUCACUGCAUGAUCUGAUGAUUUUUAUUUUACUCAGUAUUUAAAAUCUUACCGUCCUUCUCUUUUCAUCACAUAGUUUGGUGUCUUUUUGGGAGAAUCACUCGACACAAGUUAGUUCUGGGCUUAAGUUAGUUCUGUAUGAAUUAUAGAAUGUAAUGUCCUGUUUUAUUCAUGGUUAUUUUCAAUCAUAAUGUCAGUAUAUUCCGUUCACUUUCAGGCCAGAUCAUCAACUUGUCCUGUCUUUAUUUAAAAAGUCUUUAUUUAUUUGUUUUUCUCACCAUACCAAUGAGUUCAGAGAGGUGGAUUUAUUUAACUCUCAGAUGAUGGACGUGGAGCUCUAACUUUUAUUGUAGCACUUUUAUGACCUGUAAGGUCUGUCUAUGCAUAUAGAAUAUUUCCUGUAUGAAUUUCUUAGUAUUUUUUAUUUGUCUGUCAGAACCUGGUGCUUCUGUUUAGUUAAACUCGAGUCGAAUGUCAUUAAAAAUGUAAAUGAACUAAAGUUUGAUGAUUAUAAAGGUUUUAUUAGGUAUUAGUCCAUCAUCAGUGUAAGUAUGAACCAUAAGACUUUUAUUAGCAGCAUUAUUGUGGGCUACAGUGCAAACCUACAGAAAUUAUACAGCUCACACAAUAAACAGGUGGAAAAUGUGGAUUUGAUGCAAAUGAGAUCAAACUCUGCUUUUCUCGCCUCGACUCUUCUCGUCGUCUUCCUUGUUUUCAUUUUCCGUCAUUUUCCUUUCAUCACUUUUUUUUAACUGUCUUUACUUUCUUGUUUUCUUCUCUGUUUAGUCCUGUCUGUUUUACCUCCUUUAUUAUUCCUCCAUCACUUGGUGGCGGAGGCGUUUGUAUCAUCUCUGUGCCAAGCCAAGAUUGUCUUUAGAUCAGUAUCUCUGUAAUGAGUGGGUGAGUUUUUGUAGGAUUACUAUGGAGUUUUAAUUGUAAGCAGCUGCUGAAGUGAUACUGACUUUAGUGUUGAUCCAAACAGACUCGGAGUCACAGCAAGGUGAAAUGUCUGAAGUAGACUGUAAGGGGAUUUGAGGAACUGAUUGGUCACAAGUAGGACUAGACUUGGCAGCAGAUGCAUCCCUGUGCUUCUUAUUGUUCUUCAUCUUUUUCACCCCUCUUGCUUUUUCCCCACUUUUUUGGUGCCUGUCUGUCCUUUUCAUUCUUCUUUCUUUUUUGUUCCAUUUUUAUUUUAUUUCCUUUUGUGUUCCCUUUCUCGCUCUCACGCUCACACACACACACACACACUAUUUCUCACUCACUCUCUCACACACACUCUCACUCUCUCUCUCAGACACACACACACUCUCACACAUACACUCACUCUCUCUCUCUCACACACACACACAGUCUCUCUCACACACACAUACACACAUACUCUCUCUCUCUUUUGCACUCACACACACUAUCUCUCUCUCAUACACACACACACACAGUCUCUCUUUCUCACACACACACUAUCUCUCACACAUACUCUCUCUAUCUUUCACUCUUUCUCUCGCUCUCACACACACUCUCUCACUCACACUCACUCUCUCACAUGCUAUCUCUCACUCUCUCUCUCUCUCACACACACACUCACACUCUCUCUCUCUCACACACACACACAGUCUCUCUCUCUCACACACACACUAUCUCUCACACACUCUCUCACACACACAGUCUCUCUCUCUCACACACACACUAUCUCUCACACAUACUCUCUCUCACUCUCAUUAUCUCACACACAGUCUCUCUCUCUCACACACACACUCACACACAUACUCUCUCUCUCUCACACACACUCUCUCUCACUCACACACACACUCCCUCCCCCACACACAGUCUCUCUCUCUCUCACACACACCCCCGUUAUUUGAAUUAAACUGAAUUGAAUAAUGCUGAGUGUAAACAUGUGCAUGUAUUAAAUCUGCAUUCUUUGCAUUUUCUGUGUACAGAACAUUUCUGUGUCUUGCAUGGCCUGUAUUUGCCUAAAUAUGAAAUGGUGGUACUUUUAAAUGAUCUGCUCUGUGGUUUUAUUAUUAUGAUGAUUAAAUUCCUGUAGAUGCUGAGAUUCAGUUGUACAAGAAGCUGUAUUAUUUCUGUAUGAUUUUUAUAUAAAGCAUUUUAUUAUCCAGGCGAUAA